UUUGAAACAGACUGGAUAUGAUCUUUACGAUUGAAGAGACGUAAAAGACAAAAGCAAGAAAACUCCAUGAUGAAUUUUAAAAAUUUGAAUUGGUUAAUACUGAUAACACUAUCAGUGAUUAUUGGCAAUGAAGUAUCUACUGAACUUGAUGGGACAAGCGAGGAUGUGGAACCAGAAGAAGAAUUUCCUUCCAAAAUACCCCUAAAAUGGUUUAAACGAAAGAAGAGGUCUGUUGACGGAACACUUAUUUUGCAAAAUUCAACAUAUGCAGCUGUCAAUAGCUCAGUUCUUCAAACCGUCACUCCAGCUGGUAACGAGCUAAGUUCUAUAGGAACAACUGAAGAUGUUACUGUAGACCACGAGGAGAAUUAUCAGAGCAUUUCGUUGGAUUUAGCUACAAGGGAACUCAAUGUGACGCUCAACAUUAACUCUGUGAAUAACUAUGAGAUUACUUCACUGUCUUUCGAUUCAAGUAGUAUCGAUUUAGAAGUGAACGCAUCGAUCAAUCAGGGAAUGAACUCCACAGCAUCAACGCAUCGAGAAUCUAUUAAGCUUCGCACUACAAGUACAACGCCAACAUUGGAGGAGAGUAGCAUUUCUUCUAAAUUUUCUUACGGUUUAAGCCCACUAACUACACCUCAGAGUAAAUCAGAGAGCAGUAGUAGCGAAACAUUUCUUACAGAAUCGAGUGCUUACAAAAACAUUUCAGCUCCUGAUAUUUAUUCAAGUGAACAUUCAACAGUAUAUUCCUCUAAACGAUCAAACUCAAGCAAUAUUGAAGAUGAAUUUAUAGAUGCUACUAGCACAAAAUCAAGUCGUUUUACAGCAGAUGCAACCGUAAGUAUGGGAAACGGUCAUAAAAUUCAUAGUAGCACUGGGUUCAGCGAUAGUGUUACGACAGAUAUAGCAUUAGAUACAAGAAACGACGUUGUAAAUUCUACAGUCAAUGACCUCGAAAGCGUUUCACUAACAAAACCAACGAGUUCCCCACAAACUGCUUCUGUGUCCACUAUUGCUCAAGAUUCUCCAACAUUACAAACGAACGAUGAAGUUGCCAUAUCCCCUCAUUAUGAAACGAAUGAAAAUAGUCUAAAAACCAUAACUUAUUCUUCAACAGUCAUUGGGACCUCAGUCGAUAAUGGCUCAAAUAAUAUAACUUCUACCUUUCCAAAUAUCCCCACAACAAACACUUACACAGCAAGUUUUACUGAGAAUAACAACCCCUUGACAACAACAUCAGUUAGCGAUAUUGCAAGUAACAUAAAUAAAAAGACAGCUUCGAUAGGUACUCCAUCAGAAUUUUACACUUCAACGAAACUCUCAACUGAUGGGGAACUUACUAACGAAUCAGUGUUUAAAUCUGACGAACCACAUGAUUGGACGGUGUCAAGUUCAACUGAAACAGCUAAUACACAAGCAGAAUUUACUCCAAUAUUUCCUCAAAAUACUAAUCCAACAAAUAUAUUGGUCUCUGUUUCGGCGAAUCAUAUAAACGUUGCUACUUCCCCUACUAUAUCGAAAGCAAGUGUCACUCCUCUCGAGUUAGAAACAACAACAGUCCACUUGCCAGAUAAAAGUACUACAAGCUCUUUACAAACAGAAUCUAAUGAUAAUACCAUUACUCUGACAUCGCAAUUCACUCCCAACAGCUUAACUGAGAGCAAAUUGACUGAGUCACCCACUGAGAUCAUUAUUUCUGAUAAAACAAGUGAAACCCCAAUCUACAGCUCAGAAAUUGGAUCAACGUCAAUGGAAUAUAUACUUAUGACUGACGAUAACAUCCUUAUAAAAACUGAUGAUUCGAACGAUAUAUUAACCAGAGAUUCAAUGUGGCUAACAUCAACAAAUUUAAAUGGCGAUUCAUCAACAACUGGUGUCUCACUUCACAAAGAUAUUGGAUUUCAAUCAGCUCAAACACUAGAAACAACGAAAGAAUUAACAUAUGACAAAAGCACUGUACAAACUACACCAGCAUACAAGACUGAAAUAGACUUAACAGCUACUACCUCUCCAGAUUUGGGUCUAAAAUAUCCCAACACAGCAAAAACAGAAACUGAAUCGGCGACUGUUUUAGAAACAGCAACAAUAAAAUUAAUUGGGAACUCGACAUUUUCGCUGUCUGAUAUGGAAACGACGGAUCAAGUUGAGACAACACACAUAGCUUUAGAAAAUGCUCUUGAAAUGAAGACAAAUACUUAUUCUGUUUUAGAAGUGUCUACAAACCAACAUCAAUAUGUCAGUCCUAAUGGUACCACCCCAACUGAAGGAGAUAAUUCUACAAAAACAACAAAUUUGGAUCAACGUUCACAUUCAGUUGAAGUUACAUCGAUGCAUGAACAUUCUUCCCAACAACACAAUGCAUUCAGCAGUGCAGAAACUAGUCAUACAUUGACUACAUCAACUCAACUGGCAAUUGUUACGACAGAAAAUCAGGCAUUGUAUACUACGACACCGGUGAAUAAUGUUUCGUUUCAAACAGACCUGCAAGCCUCAGCUGAAAUAACACUAGAAAAGGAAAAUACAACUGAGAUAAUAACAGCAGAAAAAGCAGCAACAGCAACAACAGCAGCAAUAGUAACAAAAGCAACAACAGCAGAAGCAACAACUGAAACAACAGUAGAAGUUACACCAAUAGGAAAAACAUCAGCGGUAGUAGAAACUGAAGUAACAACGAUGGGAACAACAAUUGCGGAAACAGAAGUAACGACAUUGGAUUCAACAACAGUAGUAACAUCAGACACAAAAGUAGUAAAAGAGGCAACUACAGCAGUACCGACCAAUAUCACGACGACGACAACUGCCACCACUACUACCACAAUAACAGAGCCAUUAGAAAGGGCAAGUGACAUAGUGGAGACACCAGCACAAACAGCAAUAACGGCAACUGAAUCCUCAAUAGCAACAAUGACGGCAGAAUCAAUUGAAACAGCAACUGCAGCAACAAGAACAACGGAACUUCCAACAGCAGCAGUAGCAACUACGAUAAAUACAGCAGCAAUAGAACUAGUAAAUGCAACAGAAGAAGCAUCUGCAACAGCAUCAACAACGUCAGUACUAACAGAUGUAUUAUCAACAGUAAGAACAAUGAUUACAGAGCCAUUAGGUGAAACAACAACAGAACAAUCAACACCACUACCCCAAUCACCGAAACUAACAACUACAACAGCAACAACAACAGGACUUGUAGAAACAUCGCCACUAACCACAGCGAAAACAACUACAGCAAAAGCAACUUUAUUGGCAACACAUCUAUUAAAAUCAGCAGCAACAACAGCAGAGCUACGGUCACCGCCACAGCCAAAUUAUAACACAACAGCAAUACCAACAGAACUCACAAGUGCAACAAGAAUGGAACCAACAAUGCCAGAUGCAACAACAGCAGCAGAAUCGCGACCAAAAACAUUAGUAACAGUAGCGGAUACACAAGUAACAACAACAAUGUUAGAAACAAAAGUAGAUUCAGAUCCACAACCACAAUCUGCAACAACAACAACAAAAUUAGCAAUAGCUGGGGAUCUACAAACAACAGCAACAACAUUAGCAGUAGCAGCAACGACAUUAUUAGGGAUAGCAACAGAUGCUCAAACAACAGCAAAAACAACCUUAGCAAUAGCAGCAUCAACGAUAUUAGCAGCAGCAGCAGCAGCAGAAAAUACGCAGCCCACAGAAACAACACUAGCAACAACAGCCGAGUUACAGUCAACAGCAGCCGAGCCGCAAUCAACAGCAGCCGAGCCGCAAUCAACAGCAGCUGAUCCACAAUCAAUAGCAGCCGAGUCAAAAUCAACAACAGCCGAGCCACAGUCAACAACAACCGAGCCACCAUCAACUGUAGCCGAGCCGCAAUCAAUAACAGCUGGGCCACAAUCAACAACAGCCGAGCCACAGUCAACAACAACCGAGCCACCAUCAACUGUAGCCGAGCCGCAAUCAAUAACAGCUGGGCCACAAUCAACAACAGCCGAGCCACAAUCAACAGCUGCCGAGUCACAAUCAACAGCUGCCGAGCGACAGUCAACAACAGCCGAGCCACAAUCAACAACAGCCGAGUUACAAACAACAACAUCCGAGCCACUAUCGACAACAACCGAGUCACAGUCAACAACAGCCAAGCCACAAUCAACAACAACCGAGUCACAGUCAACGACAGCCGAGUCACAAUCAACAGCAACCGAGCCGCAAUCAAUAACAGCCGAGCCACUAUCAACAACAACCGAGUCACAGUCAACAACAGCCGAGUCACAAUCAACAACAGCCGAGUCACAGUCAACGACAGCCGAACCACAAUCAACAGCAGCCGAGUCACAAUCAACAACAGCCGAGCCACAAGCAACAACAGCCGAGUCACAAUCAACAACAGCCGAGCCACAGUCAACAACAGCCGAGACACAGUCAACAACAUCCGAGCCACAGUCAACAACAGACGAGUCACAAUCAACAACAGCCGAGUCACAGUCAACAACAGCCGAGUCACAGUCAACAACAGCCGAACCACAGUCAACGACAGCCGAGCCACCAUCAACAGCAGCCGAGCCGCUUUCAACAACAGCCCAGCCACAAACAACAACAGCCGACCCACAGUCAACAACAACCGAGUCACAGUCAACAACAGCCGAGUCACAAUCAACAACAGCUGAUCCACAGUCAACAACAGCCGAGUCACAGUCAACAACAACCGAGCCACAGUCAACAACACCCGAGUCACAAUCAACAACAGCCGAGCCACCAUCAACAGCAGCCGAGCCGCUUUCAACAACAACCGAACCACAAUCAACAACAGCCGAACCACAAUCAACAGCAGCCGAGCCGCUUUCAACAACAGCCGAGCCGCAAACAACAACAGCCGAGUCAGAGUCAACAACAACCGAGCCACAGUCAACAACACCCGAGUCACAAUCAACAAUAGCCGAGCCACCAUCAACAGCAGCCGAGCCGCUUUCAACAACAACCGAACCACAAUCAACAACAGCCGAACCACAAUCAACAGCAGCCGAGCCGCUUUCAACAACAGCCGAGCCGCAAACAACAACGGCCGAUCCACAGUCAACUGCAGCCGAGUCACAGUCAAUAACAACCGAACCACAAUCAACAACAGCCGAGCUGCAGUCAACAACAGCCGAUGCGCAAUCAACAACAGCCGAACCACAGUCAACAACAGCCGAGUCACAAUCAACAACAACCGAGCCACAGUCAACAACAACCGAGCCACAGUCAACAACAGCCGAACCACAGUCAACGACAGUCGAGUCACAAUCAACAACAGCCGAGUCACAAUCAACAACAGCCGAGCCACAAUCAACAACAGCCGAGCCACAAGCAACAACAGCCGAACCACAGUCAACAACAGCCGAACCACCAUCAACAGCAGCCGAGCCGCUUUCAACAACAACCGAACCACAAUCAACAACAGCCGAACCACAAUCAACAGCAGCCGAGCCGCUUUCAACAACAGCCGAGCCGCAAACAACAACGGCCGAUCCACAGUCAACUGCAGCCGAGUCACAGUCAAUAACAACCGAACCACAAUCAACAACAGCCGAGAUGCAGUCAACAACAGCCGAUGCGCAAUCAACAACAGCCGAACCACAGUCAACAACAGCCGAAUCACAAUCAACAACAACCGAGCCACAGUCAACAACAACCGAGCCACAGUCAACAACAGCCGAACCACAGUCAACGACAGUCGAGUCACAAUCAACAACAGCCGAGUCACAAUCAACAACAGCCGAGCCACAAGCAACAACAGCCGAACCACAGUCAACAACAGCCGAACCACAGUCAACAACAGCCGAGUCACAAUCAACAACAGCCGAGCCACAGUCAACGACAGCCGAACCACCAUCAACAGCAGCCGAGCCGCUUUCAACAACACCCGACCCACAAACAACAACAGCCGAGCCACAGUCAACAACAACCGAGUCACAGUCAACAACAGCCGAGCCGCUUUCAACAACAGCCGAGCCACAAACAACAACAGCCGAGCCACAGUCAACAACAACCGAGUCAGAGUCAACGACAGCCGAGCCACCAUCAACAGCAGCCGAGCCGCUUUCAACAACAGCCGAGUCAGAGUCAACAACAACCGAACCACAAACAACAACAGCCGAACCACAAUCAACAACAGCCGAUGCGCAAUCAACAACAACCGAUCCACAGUCAACAACAGCCGAGUCACAAUCAAUAACAGCUGACUCACAACCAACAACAGCCGAUCCACAGUCAACAACAGCCGAGCCACAGUCAGCAACAGCCGAGUCACAAUCAACAACAGCCGAACCACAAGCAACAACAGCCGAUCCACAGUCAACAGCAGCCGAGUCACAAUCAAUAACAGCCGAUCCGCAGUCAACAACAGCCGAGUCACAAUCAACAACAGCCGAGUCACAAUCAAUAACAGCCGAUCCACAAGCAACAACAGCCGAGCCACAGUCAACAACAGCCGAGCCACAAGCAACAACAGCCGAGCCACAGUCAACAACUGCCGAGUCACAAUCAAUAACAGCCGAUCCACAGUCAACAACAGCCGUGCCACAAUCAACAACACCCAAGCCACAUUCAUCAACAGCCGAGCGACAGCCAACAACAGCCGAACCACAGUCAACAACAGCCGAGUCACAAUCAAUAACAGCCGAGUCACAGUCCACGACAGCCGAACCACAAACAACAACAGCCGAACCACAAUCAAGAACAGCCGAGCCACAAACAACAGCAGCCGAGUCACAGUCAACAGCAGGCGAGUCACAAUCAACAACAGCCGAGUCACAAACAACAACAGCCAAGCCACAAACAACAACAGCCGAACCACAAUCAACAACAGCUGAGUCACAAUCAACAACAGCCGAGUCACACUCAACAACAGCCGAAUCACAGUCACCAACAGCCGAGUCACAAACAACAACAGCCAAGCCACAAUCAACAACAGCCGAACCACAGUCAACAACAGCUGGACCACAAUCAACAACAGCCGAGCCAUUAUCAGCAACAGCUGAAGAACAAUUAACAACAACCCUAAUAACAUUAGCAACGGAAGCGGAUUCACAACUACCACUGACUACUACACUACCAACAAAUACACCAUCAACACCAGUGAUAACAAUAUCAACUUUAAAAACAUUAACAACAGCAGCGGAUCCAGAAUUAACAAUAACAACAUUAGCAACAACGCUGGAUUCGCAAUCACCAUCAUCAACAGUAUUUUCAACAGCAGCGGACCAACAACAACCAACAAUAACAGCAUUGGUGACAGUUACAAAUUUGCAUUCAACGACAACGGAAACUACAAACAUAGAUACGCAAUCAGUAACAUCAGAGGAUCCAUUACUAGCAACAACAUUAGCAAUAGCAGAAGAAUCACAAUCGAAAACAACAUCGGAAGUAACUACUACAAUAGCAACAGAAACUAUGACUACAUCUGUUUCAGAAAUAGCGGGAACAGAAUCAACUAUAGCAACACUAACACCUACAAUCGAAGAGGAAAUAGCAAUAGAUACAACCAACACAUCACCAGCAGAAACAUCAUCAGUAGUAAGUAGAGUUACGACAUUAAUAGCAGCAACUGAUACAACCACUGAAGCAACUACUGUAGCAAUAGCAACAACAACACAAGGAAAUACCUCGGUAAGAGAAAUUACAGUAAGUGAACUUCCACCAGUAACAACAUUAGCAACAACGGACCCACAAUCAACAACGGUAGACGAAUCUCCACCAGUAACAACAUUAGCAACAACGGACCCACAAUCAACAACGGUAGACGAAUCUCCACCAGUAACAACAUUAGCAACAACGGACCCACAAUCAACAACGGUAGACGAAUCUCCACCAGUAACAACAUUAGCAACAACGGACCCACAAUCAACAACGGUAGACGAAUCUCCACCAGUAACAACAUUAGCAAUAACAAACCCACAAUCAUCGACACCUUUUGCAACGGAAUCAUCCCUAACAUCAAUAAUAAGAACAAGAGGGGUAACAACCCUAACUGAAUCACCAACGUCAUCCUCUGCCGUCACCGCUUCUCUCUCCUCCUUAUCAACAUCACAAACAGAAGAAAGCACCACAAUAGCAGUUGUAACAGAAGCAAGUACUGGAGCUGAUAUAGCAACACAAGCAACCACCACAUCAAUAGGAGUAAAUGACACACUCACCACAGCAACAACUGCAACUGAAGCGACAGUUAUAACAACAGAGACAACCUUUACAGCAAUAGAAUCAACAGAAUCAGCUACCACGGAAGCAGCAGAAACAGCAGAUGUAAUUUCAACCACAACAGUAACGCCAGAAGAGACUACUGCAACCACAACAAGCACAUCAAAUACAAACGACAGUACCAAUGAUAUAACACAGAUAAUUACCAGUGGUACGACAUUGACCAGUGUUGGUGAUAUGACAGAGCCAGAUGUCAGUAGUGGGACACAUGUACAAUUUAAUAGUACUAGUGGAACAAACGCCAUGGAUUUGACAGAGGGAAGCUUCGAGAGUACGACACCACUACAUCUAAAUGGUGUGUCUGGAAUUAACACCGAUAGCACGACGCAGAACAUUGACCAUGAUAACACAAAAACAAUCCUCAACGAUGACAGCACGACAGUGACCAAGAUGCUUAGUUCAAUACAAAGCAAUACUGUCGAUAGUAUAACGCAAACAAAUAAGGUGACUAUAUUAACGACAGCACACUCUAUAAUUCAUCAGAAAAGCGUAGAACGUCGACAGCUGAACGGUGUGGUGCACAUAGCAGAGGGACUGGAAUGGCAACCUGAGUUAGAAGAUGAACAUUCUGAAGAAUUUAAACAGACAUCGAAAAUCGUGUUGGAUAUGUUAACGACGGCCAUCAAAAAUAGUCAGCUGCGGGACGGUUUCGUUAGUGUUCGUAUAAACGGAUUCAGUCAAGGCAGUGUUAAUGUGAACUUUACAGUUGUCUUAGAAGAAAAUACCACAGAGGCAGACAACACCAACGGUUCUCAAGUAAAUACGAGUCUGUCUUCUGAGCAAAUUGGAGAAAUUCUCAUUCACGUCCUGCAUAAUGCAUCAAACACAGGAAACCUCACUAUUGAUGUAAACCAGACAAGUGUCAUCGAAUAUCACCUGGUGACAUGGUUACCGACGGAGAUUUCAACAAAACAAAAUCAUGUGACUGAAACUUUAUUCCCAACUACUUUUGAAGGAAAUAUAACUUCUUCGGGUAGUGCAAUUCCGUCAACUGAUGGACUUUCUACAAGCAGUUACAGCGAGGAAGAAUUAUUCAAUGCAAGCACUCCGAGAGUGGAACUCAGUUCUGUACAGACUGUGGCAUUAAACAGCAGUGAUGUAACGACGCCGCCAGUGCAAAUUAAUGAGUCACUUCCCGAGAGUAUAUUACUGCAAUAUAACACGACUAUCACCGAAUCUUCAUUAUAUGUAGACACGACCAUUCAAAGUUAUUUGAUGACUACACUUGAACCAACCUAUUACACUUCUAUUCUCACUCCUUUUUCUUCUUUAUUCCUUUCACAAACGACUUCUUCCUUUCCUCUCUCUCCACCCUCUUCUUUGUCCUUGUCCUUCGCCUCCUCCAUCUUAUCUUUAUCAUUUCUAUCAUCCCCAUCAUUAUCAUUAUCAUCAUCAUCACCACCAUCAUCAUCAUUGAUUUUAACUCCCCAAUCAACAUUACUGCUUUCGGAGGACCAAAAGCAAACGUUGGACGUUUCUUUAGAAUCCAGUUUAUACCUUCAUACAGUGACAAAUGUUUCUAAUCAGUUGAAUUUACCAUCGGUAUCCACCAUUAAUCGUUCCUCGCUGUUUUCUACUGUCCAUCCGGUUUCCUUAACUAACAUGUUAACUACUCAGCCUACCAGUGUUUAUUUCAAUAGCUCUAAAGUAGAUCAAGAUAUAUCAACAUCACAAACAGCCCAUCCGAUAACUUACACUACAGAAAAUUAUUCUGAUACGAAAACUGCAUUUUCGUAUCUCGAAACAGUAACAGAAAUCAUUAAAUCAUUAGAAAUUACGUCUAGCAUAACUUCUUUAAAUAAUGAUUUCAGUGAAUCUUCUUUCCAGCCAGCACUUGAAUCGUCAUAUUUUACACAAGAAUGGAGCUCUGCCAAUCUAAAUCCUUCUUUAAACCAGUUAUCCGUGGCAACAAUCUCCACAAGUAAUAGCUUUACAACGUUACCUACAAAUCAAAUGAGUGAAUCUCUAUCCAUAAAUUCAGCAGAGACUGGUCUUUCCACAUCAGAUGAUUACACAAUAAGUUCAAGCCAAUUAAUCGCGGAUUCCAGCGAAAGUUUUACUGAUUCUGGGAGUAUUUUGAUGUCGUAUUUUGAAAAUGAAUUUGCAACCAGCCUGCUUACAGUUAUCCCCAGUAUCACCAAUUCUAAAUCGGGCCAGCUAUUGACGCAGUUUACAUCUGAAGACCAAGUAAUACUUACUCCCAGUAACACAAUUGAUUGGACUUCAUACACAUCUGGGAAAUUGAUUUCAAGUAAUCCAAGCAGUCAGUUUAUUAGUAGCUUGUCCAGUAAUAUAAUAAACUUCUCUCAAGAAUUUAAUGCAUCCUUGAAACUGACAUCCGGAAUUGUCUGGCAACCGGAAUUACUCGAUAAGACAACAUCCCAGUAUAAAGAUGCUGAGUUACGAGUAUGGGAAUUUAUAAAUGCUGUUUUUGAUGGGAGCAAAUUGGCGGGCACCAUAAAACGAAUACGAAUACAUGGCUUCCGUGAAGGAAGUGUUGUUGUUGACUUCGAAGUUUUGGUCAAUGGAAGCAGUACUAAUGAGCAAUCUAUUAAAGAGGAGUUCGUAACAUCUUAUAACAAUUUGAAUAACCCAGAGUUUGGUAUCGAUAGCCAACAAAUUAAUUUUACUGAUUCAAUGUCAUUGCUUGCUACACACUUGACUUCAAACUUUUAUGAUUCGUCGGACAUUUCAACAUCUAAUUCAUUACAACACCAAACUGCUGUUACGCAGGAAAUCGAAACUUCUACAUUUUCUCCUCAAGUGAGUUUCACAGGAGAUAAAAUUUCAUCGUUUAUCAGUGAAACGUUAAUGCUUACAACAGAGCAACUGAGUGUCACAUUGCCUUCUUUGUCUGUCAAUCCUCCUCAAGACACGCCAUCUUUCUUUAUCAGUCCAUCUCAAGUUACACCACCUUUAUCUCUUACUCAUUCUCAAGCUAUUUCUAAUACAAUUCAUUCACAAUAUACGACUCCAGAUGCUACUAGUUUUUGGUUUGAAACUACUAAUGAACCAAUAACUUCAGUCAUAAAAGCGAGCAGUUUAUCGGAAGUUUUCCAGUCAAGUUCAAGAUCCCAUUAUGAGUCAUUGAGCAUUGCAAGCAAUUUGGAAGGCAUAACUUCAAGUGUUAUCGAAUCCCAAGAGAGCUCUAUUGACUACAAAAGUAACUCGAACAUUAGUCCAGCUUCUCAAGAGACGGCAGCAGAUCACGUCCCUCGAAGUACUUUACAAAAUACUGAAGCCAAUAGCACUGAAUUUCCUCUUGAUUCAUCUCCUAUAUCACUGGAUACAACAUCGGUUGUAAUAACAAAUGCCAUUAUUUCCCAGGAUAAAAGUUUUUCAAGUAGUCCUACUCAAACUGACUCACUGGAUUUUACAACAAGCUAUUCUGCAGACCAAUAUUUUUCAAGUAUUGAAGCUAUUAAAAGUUUACUAUCAGUUUCAACUAACGAGAUUAUUCGAACAAGUUCAUUAGUAUCCUUGACCGAUGCAUAUUCAUCUUUAUCGAUGUGGUAUUCGAAUGACGUUGCACAAACCUACAGUUCAUCAUUGAUCAGUACAUUCGCAGAAACUGUGGGUACGAGCAGUUCGAAAGCUGAAUCAAGUUUAUUCAAUCUAGACUUCUCUUCCACUUCUCUGUCUGUUGAUAUGUCUUCAAAAAGCCAAUCACUAUUAUAUCAUAGUCUGCUGCCCAGUACAAUGUUAUCAGUAGAAAAUACUCCAUCAUUUAUACCUGUUACUUCCAUUGUAGAAACAAAUGGCUUUUCUUCGUCCAUUUUUCUAUCUAUAUUAUCAAUAUCUUCAACUACAUCUAAAAUUCUAUCUGAAAUAUUUACAAGCAGCCCGUUACAGCCAUCUGAUGCGUUAACUCACCUUAUUACUAAAAGCAGUAACUUUGAAACACAGUAUACAGAAAACAUUGGGUCUACAUCUAAUUCCAACAAUGCAGAAGGUUCAGCAAGUUUGUUCAUUCAAACCUCUUCAUAUAACCCAGUGACAUCAACAAACAUUAGUGCUUUAAAUAUAUUGAAUACAGAAAGUUUGAUUAGUCACAGCUCUAUAUUACCUUUUACUAAUCUAAAAAUUAGUAGUUUAACAACUUAUGUAGCUGAAAGUCUACCGAGUUUCGUGAGUGAUUUACACAUACACUCUUCUGAAUAUCAAAGUAUUGACUCAUUUUCCUAUGUAUCGUUCCUGUCUACUAACAGUGUCAGUAACUCUCCACUAACUACAAUAUAUAUGAACAGUAAAAAUUCCCUGGAAACAAAUUUAUCUUACCUGCCUACAAACUCGGGUUUAUUUUCUCUAGCUUUUCAGUCGACAACACCUAAUAUAAUCAGCAGCACACGAUUUCAAACAGUUGAAGACGUGUCUGCCAGUUCUGUAUCACCAGUAAUAUCUGAAGGAGUCUCACAAUUAAUCACAGAUGAAUAUUUUACGCAAAGUUCUCAAUAUGCCACACCUAUAUUUAGUCGUUAUGCUACUAGUGGAUGGGAAUUGUCAAAUAGCAUUGACAGUACAGUAGAACAUUUUGAAAGAAGUGUUUCAUUACAGACUUUUGUAGACGUUUACUCUUCAGUGUUCAGCAGUCAAACAGAAAGAACUGAUGAAUACAAUACCACAGUGCAAAAUUCGGUUUCAAAUCCUGAUACCACUCUAACGGUGUUGUCAACUGUCUAUUUAAAUAACAUAACAAAUUCAAACGACAUAACUUUAUCUGUAACAGUUGGAGAAUCAGGAAUACAAUCGGAACUACUAAAUUCUUUUGAAAACAGUUUGCAGCAAAAAUCUUCUGUUAAUAUUCUCCAAUCAGAAAAUGCGUCGGAAUCCAGUCAGCUUUAUAUGGAGAAAACAUUAUCUGUUAACAAUUUUCUAACUGAUUCUCUUGGUAGUUUCUCCUCUGGAGACACAAAACAGCUAACUACCUUACAGCUUACCGAAAAGACUCAAAUGACGAGAGAUUUUAGUUUCCAAACCGGAAGUAAUGAACUGAUGUAUACUUCACCUUUCACCAGUACUGACGAAUCUCAGCAAUCAAUGACUGACUAUUUGACCCCCAGUUUUGAGUCAAAUUUAAUGUCAACAGUUGUUGCAUCUCAGCCAGUAUAUGAAACUGAAUUUUCUUCGAUAAGCAUCAUACUUAGUAUAAACUCCAACAUCAAUUCCCAGCCGGUUACAAGUGGUUACCUCACUAAUAAAUUUUCCACUGCGAUAAAUACAGCUCCAUACUCCGUUGGAACUCAGCAGCUCUACGCUUCAAGUGAAUUUCUCUCAAAAACAAGAAUUAUUGACAGUUUUAGUGAUUUUGCUACGUUACACUCAGAGAACUCUCAGAAUAAUUUUAAAUCGGCCGAAUUUAGCAGUUCAUUCCGAUUGGGAAGUGAAGAUUUUGCAAGUAAUACUUCACUAUCGGUUUUAGAAAUUCUUCCCACAAUUACAACCACUAAUUUACCACAAGAAACAAAACACUUUACCGAUGUCGACGAAUGUUCAAAUGAGACAAGUUGCGGCAUUAAUUCGAUAUGUAUGAACACACGUGGUAGUUAUCAGUGUGAAUGCAAAACAGGAUAUAAGAAAGUUGGAGACAUUUGUCAAGAUGUUGAUGAAUGCGCCACAGGUGGACAUAACUGCCCUCAAAUAUCAACGUGUAUUAAUACAGGGGGGUCGUAUCUCUGUAAAUGUUUCUCAGGUUACGAAGAUGUCGCGGGUAACUGCAUAGAUAUUGACGAGUGUCAGGAAAAUAUUUGUCCACUUCACUCUGAUUGUAUCAAUACAGAAGGCUCAUACAGUUGUCAAUGCAAACUUGGUUACUAUGAAAUCAGAGAAAAUAGAUGCUCAGCAAUACAAUUAUUUAAAGCUUCUAUUGAAAUACUUGAACUGGAAGGCACUCCGGUUACGUUUACAAACGUGAUGAACACUUCAACCUCCCCAAGCUACCAAACUAUUACACGUCAUAUAAAGUCAUUGAUUAACGAGAAUGUGAAUCAAACAGUGGCCGGAGAACACUACCUUGAUGUAAAAAAUUUAUCAGUAACAGACGGAAGCAACGUGGUCAGUGUUCUCCUUUAUUUUACCCCGGAUCCUGCGCUGACAGUCAACGACGCUGCCAAAUUAUUGUUGCAAGCAAAUAACAGCCAACAACUACAAAUAGGUUUCAUAAUAGGCUCGAACGAAACGCAUAUCUUUGAUGUGAACGAGUGCAACAUUCCGAAAAUCCAUGAAUGUUCUAAAAAUGCAUACUGUAAUAACACUGUCGGUUCAUACACCUGCACCUGUAAGGGAAAUUUCAAUGAUAUUUCAAGUACAUUUCUAUAUAAACCAGGACGUAUUUGUGAAAAUAGUACUAACCAAUUUCUGGAUCCCAUUCGAAGCGUGACUUUGAAAACUAAACAGCAAGUUUAUAAAACUGAUGAAAUCAUCGAAUUUAUUGUUACCUCAAAUCAAGGCUCGCAUUUGUCAUACACGCUUAACUAUGGCGACAACCACAGUGAAACUACUGUCAGUCAAAGUAUUUUAGCAUCACAGAUUGUUUUUAAACAUAGUUAUAACGACGUGGGAACUUUUCAUGUUAACAUCACAGCUUGGAACGAUGUUAGUUCAGCGUCCAACACAAAAGAGAUUUUAGUGCAGCGGCCUCUUCCGGAUUUUCAUUUGCAGAUUGAAGAUGUUCAUUCUAAGUUUAUUAACAUUCAUCAGAAACGUUUUCUUCUUUCUUUCAAAAGUACAAUUUAUCAAAAUAUUGUUCACGACAUAAACAUCCAGUGGAUAUUUGAUGAAAAUACUGCUCAACAUGAUUAUAUUGCAAACAUGAAAAGUAACGUUAGUCUAAUGAUCGAGCGAGCUUUUGCACCGGGUGUCCACAAUAUUACUGUCAUAUGCACCAACCAACUAAGCUCUAGAGUUUUACAAGAAAUCUUUAUAAUCAAUGAACCAAUAUCUGGCAUUACUGUAUCAACAGAAAAACAUUACCUAAGACCAUCUGAAAUUUACAACCUGAAGAUUGAAACCAAAUCAGGCAGUAAUAUAACUUACUCGGUUUUUGCUAAUGGUGAAUUAUUGAAGCAAAUAUUUCCUCUUAACUGGAGUACAGGAGUAACUUUGAAAAAUAUCAGUGUAGUUUUAAUGGCUGUUGGCCACUACAACAUUUGUGUAAGAGCAAGCAAUGAUGAAGGAAAUGUCAGUGCCCAACUUAAAAUUGUUGUCCUUAACCCAGUUCAGAAGUUAUCAAUUACAGUGAACAAGAAAAUAAUUUUACCGAUUCAAGAUUUAUUUAUAUCGAUUUCUUAUCAUGAGCCUUCUGGCUCUCCAACGGAUGUUAAUUGUCUUCCCAUUGUUAAGAAAAUACAAUUGAGAAAGGCUUAUACUGACAUGAUCGGUAUCAAUCAGGCUCUGGAGUUUUCAAGAGCCUGGCCGAAUGAUCUUCUUGGUAAUACAUCUAUAACAGUUAAUUGCAGUAACGCACUGAAUAGCCAGCUAUUAUCAACAUGGGUAGUCGCCCAAGUUGGUAUUACUGGGGUGAAUGUAACAGCAGAUAAAUAUUUUGUAGCUCUCGAUGAAAUAGUGCAAUUAAAAUUCACUGUUGAAUCUGGUUCCAACGUUUUUUAUGAAUACAUCAUUUACAAUAUCUCUACAAACUCAUCAGAAUAUCUAAUUAGAAAACCACUGCAGAUAGAGGUAAGCAAAUCGUUUUCCUUUCCAGGAGGUUAUCCGGUCUAUUUUCAAGUGAUAAAUGAUGUUUCAGCUUAUAAUACCAGCGCCACCAUAUGGGUGUUGGAAGAAGUAAAUGAUCUGGAACUCACACACUAUUACAGUCUUUCUGACAGUAAACAAAUAAUUAGAGGUGGUCACGGUAGCUUAAACAAUACUUACCCAUUAGAAAGGAACAUAACAUUUGUCGCCACGACCAGCAAGGGUAACAGACUGAAAUACACAUGGAAUUUAGAAAAGUCAAGUGAAAUCAUAACAGAACAACCGUCACUAAGUCAUAGAUUUACAUCACCAGGUAUUUACAGAGUUAGUGUAAACGCCAGCAAUGCUCUGUAUUACAAAGUUAGCUAUUCAGAUAUAGAAAUCCAACAAAUUAUACAAAUAAAGUCAUUUACAAACGACGGACCUAAAGUACCUACAUUACCAAUCAAAUUUACUCUAGCUUUUUUUAAAGUUGGUACAAAUUCUUGCUUUUCUUGGGAUAUGGCAGAUGGGUCACCAUAUCAUGAAACUUGCAUAAAUGCACCACUUGAUUCUCAUAUUAGUUCAUCCUCACAACAGAUAACCCAUUCACACAUUUACCAAAUAAACGGAACGUUUUUGGUACGUGUGAAUGUCUCUAACUCGGUUUCGGUACGUUCCGUUGAACAGUUAGCAAUUAUUUCAAGCGUCAGUUGUGAAUACCCUAUUGUACGAAUCCAAGGCGCAGAUCGAAAUAUUGACAGCCCAAAAUAUCAUUUACGAUCAGAUUGGAUACUAUUACAAAGCACAGCCGAUUUGGUUUGUGAAACAACUAGUGAUGCUGAUUAUAUUUGGAAGGUUGAACGUAUUCUGCCAGGAGAUACUUAUUUAAAUCGAAUCUAUACCCCUUAUAAAACUUCGUCAGAAGCCACCUAUAAAUUCAGAUUACUGUUCAAACCAUUGACUUUUGAACUUGGAAACUACAAGAUAUCGUUAAAUGUUUCGAUAGGAAAUGUUAAAGGAUUGUAUAGCGCUGAUUUUUCAUAUCUGGCAAUAAAAGCGUCUCCUCUUGUCUCUCAGAUUCAAGGAGGAAACUUGAGACGAGUUGGUUACGGGAAAAUAUUCAGGAUGGACGCUAUAAAUGGCUCCUACGAUCCUGAUCAACAUAUUCAAGUAAAAAACAGUUUUUCUUUCAAAUGGAUGUGUAAAAUUAUCACCAGCGAGAACAUAACCUCUACAGAGUUAACAAAUAUUCUAAACAAUAUUACUGGUGGAACAUUUACGCUAGAUUCCAGAUUACUCGGGAAGAAUUUCAAAGGAGUUUUCAAAGUGGUUGCCUCAAAGGAUUCUCGAACAGCUACUUAUGAACAAACGUUGCAAAUUGUUGAUGGUACUCCACACACAUUGGAAAUUAGAUGUGUAGUGAACUGCAAGAAGCAAGUGAAUCCAUCGGGAGUACUCAGUCUGACUGGUAUUUGUGUGACGUGUAGAGAACAUGAGACUGUCAGCUACAAGUGGCAGUUGUUAAUCAAAGACAAGUUUAAAGACAGCUUCACAGAAGUCACUACGCUUUCGGAAAUGUCCACGACAGGAACUGAUAAUGCUAUCCUGGCAAUGAAAGAAGGUGUUUUGCUCGGAGGACAUACCUAUCGUCUAGAAUUUGAGGUGCAAGUUUACGGCUACGCAACCAGUGUAUCUGGAUAUCAGUUCCGGACGAAUUUACCACCUCAUGGAGGCAACUGUACUAUAUCGCCGACUUCAGGUUAUGUUCUAACAACCAAGUUUGAAAUCUCUUGUUUCGGAUGGAAAAACAGUAACGAAGAUGAUGAAGGUAACGACGAAAGCCUGUGGUACCGUUUCUUCUCACAGCCAGUUGGUGGAUCAGUAAAGCAGCUACUCUAUUAUGGCACAGACUCAUAUAUGCCGCGAUCUCAGUUUGGACUCGGACUUGAAAAAUAUAACUAUAUGGUGAAUGUUGGAGUUCGAGUUUCAAAUUCAAUGGGCUCAUACGUUGAAAUAUUUCUACAAGUACAAGUGAAGAACCCGGCAACUGAAAAGACCAGCCAAAACAAUUUCAUGAAUAAAUCAGAUGAGUAUGAACAAGAGUUCUCGUCUCUGCUCUCGACGGGGCGCGACCAGGAAGCCAAACAACUCGUCGUGGCGUUGGCAUCCAUUAUAAAUACAGACACUUUUCAGGGCAAGGACAAUACAGGGGACUCGUCGCCAGAAGUAUCAAAUAAUGACCUCAACGAGAAACCUUUGAAUAAUUCAGAAACAACAGACUCUUCUGGAGAAAAGAAAGAACAAAUAAUUCAGUUGCGAACUUUUGCAGUUGAGACACUGGCAAAAACAGCGCAACCCACAACUCUUGACUCUCUUCAACAAACAGCAAUGGCAUUUCGUGUUAUAACGCUAGAACCAAAUGAACUUUCUGAUAAAGCUCAGAGCAUUACAAUAUCUGCAAUGGAAAGUAUUGCUGACACAAUGGAAACGAUGGUUUCUGACUCGCGUAAUCAAGAUUCUCAGCAAAAUCUCCAAGCAAGUGAAGAUAUCAUAGUUAGCUUGACCAAUGUAUUGCAGUCGAUUGACAUCGAAAAUGAUAUUGCUACGAAGGAAGAUGUGAAAAUCGAUUCAGACGAACAAAAAGCAACAAACGAAAAGGAAAGUGAUGAAAAGGAGGAAAAUGCUAAUCGGAACUGGAAACCUAUCCACGAAGCAAUAACUGAUAAGACACGGAACAUUACUAACGCUGCUAUCAAAAUUACCGACAAAAUCAUCCGUAGUGUUCUUGCUAAUCGUAUGCCUGGCGAGCCUGCUGUAAAGUUAGAAUCGAAACUGUUCACAAUUUUAGGCGAACGAAAAACCCCAAAUGGUCUGAACAAUUCUGUGUUGGGAUCAGGUUGUGUGAAACUCCCAGAUGUUGACAAUUUGCUGCCAAACGGAUUGAAAGAUAAGUUUGUCGACACUAAGUUUCUUCGUGCUAAAUCGAAUCCAUACAGGUGGGAUCCAACUUCAAUGUACAUAAACUCGGAUGUCGUGUCUCUCGAUUUGUACAGCUCAGAUGGAUCAACCAUACAAGUAUCCAACAUUUCUCAAGAUAUUUCCUUUGACAUCGAGGUCAAAUAUGACUCACCCCUUUCGUCAGUGACCCUGAAUUCAACUUUCAACAAAAGCAUAUCAAUACAUUCAUUGGAAGUCCCAACAGUAGAGAAUAGUUUAUUAUUAUUAGUCAAACCAGAAUCCGCCAAUGUCAGCCUAGAUGUGUUAAUACGUCACAAGCUUCCACCAACAGACACAGAAUAUGAUUUAUUUUUCACUGUACCAAUCCAACCAUCCAAUGACCAGAAUACAUCUGACUCUGAUUACACAGUGUUUGUUACUUCUGAGCAAGUGAAACAACUGGGAAACGGAACUUAUUUUAUAGGAAUAAGACCAUUUUCGGAACUCACUGAACAAUCGGUUGAUGAUUAUUAUGAUGCCUUAGAAAUGGCUCCAGCUGAAAUGGCUCAAGAAAAUAUCACUGCUGACCCUUUUCCGAGCUAUCAGUUUCGGUUUAUUGUAUCUGGGUGUCGUUUCUGGGACGUCAAACAAGAGAAAUGGUUGACCAAGGGGUGCAGGGUGAGUCCUGAGUCUACAAGAAAAUACACACGCUGUCUAUGCAAUCACCUGACGUCUUUCGGGGCAGAUUUCAUCGUCCCUGUCAACAAAAUUAACUUUGACACUGUGUUUCUCAAUUUGGAUGAGAAGAUAAAGGAUAACUUUGCUGUUCUGGCUAUGCUUUGCUCAGUAUUCUCUCUAUAUUUUAUGCUCAUCAUUUGGGCUCGACGUCAAGACAAACGCGAUCUUCUUAAGUGGGGAGUAGUCCCUUUGAAGAGCAACAAGGCAAACGAUUGCUAUUUUUACACAAUAACCGUAUUUACAGGAGUGCGCAAAGGGGCGGGCACACUAUCCCGCAUCGGUUUUGUACUUACUGGAGAGCUUGGUGACACAGGUAUCAGACAGCUGGUGGACGAGAAGGAGUCAAAAGUCUUUAGUCGCGGUAGCAUCAAUUCAUACUUGCUAGGAGUACCAAAAUCUCUUGGUCCAUUAACUUAUCUUCGAAUUUGGCAUGAUGCCUCUGGAAAAGGAGAGCAUGAAAGUUGGUACCUUCGGAAGGUUCACGUUAAAGAUUUACAGUCAUCUAAAACUUAUGUUUUCCUAUGUAAUCGUUGGUUGGCUGUGGAAUAUGACGAUGGUUUAAUCGAGCGUGUUUUACCAAUGGCCGCCCCUCAAGAUAUUAAAACUUUCCAAAAUUUGUUCUUCUCCAAAACUCACAAGAGUUUCUCCGAUGACCAUCUUUGGUUGUCUGUUUUCAUGCGUCCAACUCGCAGUAAUUUCACACGUGUACAGCGAAUUUCUUCGAUACUUUCCGUGGUACUAAUGACCAUGCUUGCCAAUGCAGUGUUCUACAAAAGUGGUUCAGAAGCUACAAAAAGCAAAUAUGAGGUCACCAUAGUAGGAUCGGCAUCUAUCAAUUUACAGGCUUUAUAUAUCAGUUUCAUAAGCUGUUUGAUUGUACUCCCAGUUAACAUUGCUGUAGACCAGCUAUUCAGAAAAAGUAGGCCCAAAACCAAUUUAGUUCGCAGCAUCUGGGGAAAGCAACUUGAACAGACGAAGCAGCAACCGAAUACCAACCAGUUAAACACUCCGAAUAUUUUACCUGAGAAAGCUAAGAGUAGCUUAGAUGUCAAAAUGGCCGAACAAUUAAGGGCUACUUUAGCAUUAUAUUCCAGGACACCCACAGUUCUGUGUGAAGACAAUCAAGCACAAUUUCAAGCUCUAUCGCCGGCUUUUCCAAUGCCAUCACACUUUUCAAACAGUGAGAUUGAUUCUAUAAGGGAAACUUAUAACUUCAGUAAAGAAACAAUGUCUUCGAAGAAACAGGCAACGUGUUCGAAAGACAGCCUACCUCAUGGUUGCAUCUACAUCGGCUGGCUGCUGGUUUUUGCCAAUAUCGGAACAUCAGCAUUUUUAACGUUUUCCUAUAGCAUGGAAUGGGGUAAAGAAAAGUCCAACGCUUGGUUGACAUCUAUGUUCAUGUCGCUGGGAGAGAGUAUCACGGUCAUACAGCCAACUAAGAUUGUUAUUCUGUCUUUGAUUACUUCGUUGCUGUUGAAAAAACCCGAAGAAGAAAACUACGAGGAAAAGAAAGGACAGGAACGUCUUGAUGGUGCCAAAAGCCCUAUUGGUAACGAUCAAAUUGGAGUUCGUAUCGUCACUGACCUUCACAACGAUGAGGAAUUAGUAGAUUAUCAACCAGAGAAAGAGUCGAUAAAUGCGACACCAAUUUAUACUCCAAAUAAAGAAGCACUGGAAAAACUACGCCAGAAUCGACUAACGGACAUAAAGAUGAAACAGCUAAUUAAAGACAUGUGUUUUUACCUAACCUAUUUGGUUCUCCUAAUUAUUUUGGCAAGUAACAACCGAGAUCCGCGUUCGUACAUUAUCAAAGACACAUUGCUCAAUGUUCUUCAAGCGAAACACUUACCGAAGGUCAUUCGAUAUGCUCAGUUCUGGAAAUGGGCCAAAGGAGUCGUUGUACCACAGACCUAUACAUCAACUUUGGCGAACGGUAAGAAUGCUACUCCGCAAGACUUCCAAAUGCUAUCCUGUGGAGCAGGAUACCGUGUGGGACCGGUGCGUUUGAGACAGCUGCGUGUUCGUGCAGGAAAAUGCCAUACUCUCUCAAAAUUCUAUACUACCAGAGAAAAUUGCAAUCGUGAUUAUUCAUUUCACACCGAAGAUACGACAAAUUAUACUACAAGCUGGAAGGAAUUACAACACGGAGACAAACCAAUAAAAUUGCCAUUAAAUUCCGGUUGGCGAUAUCGACACUAUACUGAAAUUGGCGGAAUUCCCAUUGUAGGAGAAAAGGCUGUCUAUAGUAGUAAUGGUUAUUGUAAAGAUCUGACUGGAAGUCCAAGUAGAGCCAUGGCAGCACUUGAUGAACUGAUAAAGUUACGUUGGCUUGAUAAUAAUACAAGAGCAAUAUUUGUCGAAUUCACUCUGUACAAUCCCAAUAUCAACAUGUUUACUACAGUCACGGUGAUGUUUGAAACUCCGACCUUGGGUGGAAUGGCGUCUAACGUGAUUAUAAACACUUUUCGAUUAUAUCCGUAUACUGGCAAUUACGGGAUUUUCAUUUUGGUUGUGGAAAUUAUUUGUGUCAUUUUCAUUAUCAUUUUCAUCGAGCAGAAAAUCCAGACGGUUCGACACUUGCAAAGGAAGUGUUUCAGUGAUUUCUGGAACGUCCUUCAGAUACUCAACUUGUGUUUCUCUAUCAUAGCAACAACCACGUAUGUGAUGCGCCAUCUAUUCACCAUUUCGGCUAUAAAGACCGUAAAGAAAUUAAGAGGAGAUUUCUACAAUUUCCAGCAACUUUCUUUCUGGAGCGACGUCUUUACAAUAUUCCUCGCCUUGGCCGUCUUCCUCACGAUUUUGAACGUGAUUCACCUGUUACGCUUCAAUCGAAGAAUGUCCAUGCUGUCGCAGACUCUCCGGCAAUCAUCUAAAGACUUGUUUGCUUUCUCAUUCGUUUUUGCUGUGCUGUUUUUCUCUUAUGCAUGCGUUGGUUACCUCUUAUUCGGGAAAGUUAUCACGAGCUAUUCAAGCAUUUCGAUAAGUAUAAUGACUCUGUUUAUGUCUAUCUUGGGACAGUACCAAUAUGAAUCAGUGCAAGCAGUCAACCGCAUCCUGGGACCAAUGUAUUUCUUCUCGUGUACUAUGCUAGUUAAUUUUAUUCUAUUUAGUGUUUUUAUCACGAUACUGAACGAAUCAUUCUCACUGGUACGAAGUAAUAUAUCGAAGCAGAUAAAUGAUUAUGAAAUAAUUAACUACUUUCACGAAUAUGUCACGAAGUGGAUUGGUACAGAUCAUGAUCACCUUUUCAAUAAACUUCUAAAUAAAAAAACCGAUAUCGAGGUGACGUGUGUAACAGACAGCACAAACAAAAUGAAUAAACCAAAUGAAGAGGCACAUGAGAAAGAAAAUAUCGACUUAAAAAUUCAAGACAUCUUCAAACGGCUUGACACCCUCUAUUUGCAAAUAGAGGCACAAAGACAUUGAAUAUCCCCCAACUUAAGCCUCUCCAAUUUUCUUGCAAAUCUGAAAGGCUGACAGUUAAUAUCAGACAACAGCUGUGUCUUAUAACUGAUGCUGUAUUCUAAAUAUAAGUAUUGAAGAGCAUGAUCCUACUGUUGUCACAAUACAAAUUAACUACAUAUAUAUAAACAUGUGUAUAUAUAUAUGUGUGUGUGCAUGUGUGUAUCACGUAUGAACGUAUUAUAAUCAAGCAAGUUGUACAUGUCAAAAGUCUAAGUACUCAACAUAAUGAACAUAAAAUUAUAUAUAUAU